AUUUUUUACACAUUUUUUUAAAAAAUAUUUUUAAAUUAUUUUAUUUCCAAACAAAGAUUUUACAAUCUGUGACAUUUGAAUAUGAAAUAAAUUAAAAAAAAGAAAGUAUAUAAGUGAUAAAAAAAAGUGUCAAUUAUCUGAGUAGAGGGAGAUAGAUUAGUUUGACUGAAGCAAUGAAACAAUCACUCUACAUACAGUUAUCCGUCAAGAAGAGUUUCAGUAAUACUUCAACUAUAAAAUUGAUUGUUUCUAAAUAUUCGGAAUAAAAUAAUUUAAUUAAAUAUAAUAAUUUAACAGAUAGAAAAUUUGUAAAGCAAGAAAAACGCUAUUAUUCAAGAAAAUUCAAAAAGAGAAAUGGAUAUCGAAAUUGUCAAUAAAUCUUUUUGUGAACGUAUUCUACAACAACAUCAAAAGAACAAAAAAAUAAAAGUAUUGGAAUUAUCAAAAGAAUUGGCUACAUCUAAAGGGGAUAAUUUUUUAAGUGAAAUUUACCGAAUUUUUAUCAAGUACACAAACAGUAAAAAUGGUAACGCAAAAAUAAACGAGGAAACAAGUAUAAUUUUAAAAAUCAAACUUGCCAAUCUUUCAAUUGGAGCAGAAGCUAUUGACGAAGUAUUUUAUACUGAAUCAAAUGUUUUUAAAAAUAUACUUUCAAAAAUUGAAAAAUACACUGACUGUUCAAUUGGUCCAUUUCUUUAUGAAGUUAAUGAAAAUUCAAAUUAUAUAGUUAUGGAAGAUCUCGGACGUUUAAGAUACGCUAUUCAAGAUAAAUCAAAAGGUCUAACGUUUCAGCAGUGUCUAAAAGCUAUUGAAAAAAUGGCUAAAUUUCACGCAGGAUCAGUACGAAUUGCCGAAACGGAGCCUGAAUUAUUACAAUGUUAUGAUCAAAUUUGCCCAUGGGACGUUUUUCCAAAAACUUUCUAUAAAUUUAUGACCGAUUCAUUGAUAACAAUAAGCAAACAAAUUGAGGAAAAAUUUAAAGAAGAUGAAUAUCAAAAAAUUGCUUGUAAAUUAAAAAAAAUGUCUAAUAAUUUCGAGACAAAAGUACUUUCUGUUUUUAAACAUAGCGAUAGUGAAUUUUGUGUAUUAAAUCAUGGUGACUUUUGGAUUAAUAAUGUAAUGCUACAAACAAAUGAAAAAGGAGAAACCACCGAUGCACGAAUGGUUGAUUUUCAAUUAGUAACCUACACAUCACCUGCUAUCGAUUUAUCACACUUUUUAGCAAUGUGUCCGGAAAUGUUAAUAAAAGGAGAUAAAGAUGAAUACUUUCUUGAAAAAUAUCUGGCAACAUUAACAAAAACAAUGGAGAAAAUAGGUUGUAAAACAAAACCACCUACUAAACAAGAAUUAGAAGAAUCAAUGAAAAAAAGAGGAGUUCAUUCAAUUGUCACGGGAAUAAUUUUUUAUCCCCGAUUACAAGCUGAUAAAGAAGAUAUAGAAGACUUUGUAGAUGUAAUGUCAGAAGGCGAAACUAAACUCGAUCUUUUUAAAUAUCCAUUAGCUGUCAAUAUAAUUCGAAAAUUUUCUCGAAUUAUCAAUGACAAAGGUUAUCUUGAAUGUUAAAUUUUUUUCAUUUUAGUUCAUUUAUAUCUUUAUUAAUUUUUGAAAAAAAAACUCAAUAAUUUAUGUUUCAAUAAAAUAUCAAUAUCCAUUUCAAAUUAAAUUUAAAAUCCAUUUUUCCGAAUUAUCAUUAUGAUUUUAAUUAAAUUUUAAUUCACAUAAUUAAAUCAGUUGUAUUUUAAAUUUUACUUGGAAAUAAUUUUCUAAAACAAAAUUUAUGAAUUUAACUAAUCUGUAAAACAAUAAAUAAUAGUAUUUUUUAAAGAUA